AUGAACGUUGAGAUCGAAGCUCUGCACGGCGACUCGUCGACCGCGACGCUCCGCCUGAGCCCGGCCAUGCAAGGCCAGGCCGACAGCGCGGCCAUCGCCAAGGUCGCUGCCCUCGCCAAAAUGGAGCUCGGGCUUCCGCGGGCCGCCAAACUCGGUGUUCAGAUCCACGGCAGCGCUGUGCACGUCGAGAUGCUCAAGGGCGCUCGCUCGCACGUGAGCUCGCCCCGCCUCAGUGCGCAGCACACCUUGCCCAACGUGUCGGUCACCGACGUCUUUACGAAGGCUCCGUUCACGCUGUUUGAAACAAUGCCGGCCAAGGCGCCCAAGGCUGUCCUCGUGCUGCUCGAUGGGACGACCAAGGCGCUGACGAUGCAAGCGCUUCAGGCGCAAGCCAUCGACCUCCAAGCCAAGCGGCGCGACGUGCAGUUUAUCGUCCUUCAUGAUGCGCCGUCGCCCGAGCAGGUCGCCGACAAGGUCGCGCUCAAAAAGUGGUUUUUCCCGCAGCAAACGCUGCACCACUACCACAUUGCCUGCGACGCGCUUCUCACGCUCAAGAAGGCACUGGGCAUCACGGCGACACCGUACCAUGUCCUUGCAGACGCCAGCCAUCGCGUGCUCGCCCACGGCCCAAGCUUCAGCUUUGAGUUGUUGCAACCGGCCGCGAUGCCACUGGUGCCGUCGACAACCCUCUACGUGCCGCAGGACGCGUGCCAUGGCAUGGUCUUCCCCAACAUCGAUGUGGUCAUCCUUCCGGCACCCAACGCCCGGCACGCGCGCAGCCUCUUUGAGCUGCUCGUGCCGACAAAGUACACGAUCCUCGACUUUUGGUCGACCACAUGUGCCAAGAGCCCUGCGGCCAUGGAAGCCCUCGUCGCACACCACGCCCAGCACAGCGGCGACUUGCCACUGCAAUAUGUCCUCAUCAACACGGACGAUCCUCUCAAGGCGUGGGACCGCGUCCAAGCGCACUACAAGAACACGGCGAUCCUAAACGUCUACUUGGCGCCAUCCGAGAAGGCGACGCUCGACAAGUUCCUCGGCCUCCAACAGUCGUCGCACCGUGUCUUCUUGCACCCGGCCCGCCACGUCAUCCGUAAUGGCUCCUUCUUCUCGUACGACAUUGUCGACAUGAUGGUGCACCAUAUGCCGCCGACGCCGCCGUCGUCGCCCACGGCGUAUCUGCCCGGCCACGACGCUUGCCACGGCAAGGUGAUCCCGGACGUGCCCGUGCUGCGCCUCGGCACGCAGAUCGAGCUCUCGCUGCACGCGGUGCUGGCCACGAAUCAUCUCGUCGUCCUCGACUUUUGGUCGACGACGUGCGUCAAGUGCCCCGAAGCGAUUGCGACGUUGCUCGCCCACCACGCCGAGCGCGCGCCCAUGGGGCGGAUCCAGUACAUCCUCAUCAACACGGACAAUGCGGCGAAAGGCUGGUCGAUGGUGCAGACGCGGCAGUGGCACCACGACCCGCGCGUGCUGCAUCUGCACGUGUCGCCGACCUCCAAGACGGCGCUGCAGGUCUUUCUCGGCAUGAAGCAGGUCCCGCACCACGUCUACCUCGGACCAGAUCAUACCGUGCGUCUCAACGGCAGCUUCUUCUCGUAUGCGGCGCUGGACGCGCAACUUCCGGCGUCGCCGACGGUGUUCCCGGCCCAUGAUGCAUGCCACGGCAAGGCCUUCCCAAAGGUCAUUGCCACCGACAUGCGCACGAUGAUGCCGGCGGACUUGACGAGCCUCCUCCCGCGCAACCGCGCCGCCACGAUCCUCGAUUUUUGGUCGACGACGUGCGUCCAGUGCCCGAAUGCGAUCGCGACGCUGUUGGCGCAGGCCGCCGCCAACACAGACACGACCGUGCAGUACGUGCUCGUCAACGCCGACGAUGCGAAGACCGGCUGGGCCAUGGUGCUUCAGAACGGCUGGGCCUCGCUCCCGAACGUGACGCACGUGCAUGUGACGCUGCCUGUGAAGGAAGCGCUCAAACGCUUCCUGGGCAUGAAGCAGUUCCCGCACCACGUCGCCCUCGAUGCAGCCAACGUGGUCGUGGCCAACGGCAAGUUCUUCUCGUACGACAGAGGCACCGGCGUCGCCAAGCCGCGGUUGUCUGUAGCGGCACCGGCGUCAUCCGUGGCCGCGAUGCCCUCGCCCGUAGCAGCGAAGCCUUUGCCCGUGGCGUCGACGCCAGCAUUUGUCCUCGACGACGACUUCUAA